AUGGCCACACGGAAGACCCAGCUGCGCAUCGUGUCGGGCAACGGAAUUGUCACGCGCGACGUCCUGAACACGCCGCUCCGCGAUGCCGCGCCGUCGGAGCUGCCCAUCAUCGACGUGUCGGGCAUCUUCAGCGCAGCGCAGGCCGACCGCCAGGCCGUCGCCGACCAGAUCCGCGCGGCCGCCACCAGCACGGGCUUCUUCUACAUCGCCAACCACGGCAUCCCUGCACCCGUGACCGACGCGGCCUGCAGCGCCAGCCUCGACUUCUUCCGGCAGCCGGCCGAGCUCAAGGAGCCCGCCAACGCGCGGCACUCGCGCGCCAACCAGUUCAAGGUCGGCUGGAAGCCGCCGCAGUCACAGCACAUCAACCCCUUCGAGAGCGUCGACCGCCGCGAGUCCUUCUCGUGGGUCUACCACGCGGCUCACGACCCGUCCGUGGACGGUGCAGCCGACAUCCCGCCUAAAGUGGCCGCCUUCCUGCACUCCGACGCCGACGGCUUCCCCUGGACCGCCGCGCCACCCCAGCUCGGUGCCGCCCUCAUCCCCUGCUGGCAGGCCGUGCUGGGGCUGGGCCGGGCGCUCGUGCGCAGCAUGGCGCUCGCGCUGGGCCUCGACGAGCACGCCUUCGACGCCAAGUUCACGCACCCCGACGCCGCCAUGGCCGUCAACUACUACCGGCCGCUGCGACCGUCUGCUGCGGAAGGGGUGUCCGACGUGUCGAUCGGCUCGCACACGGACUUCCAGCUGUUCACGAUCCUGUGGCAGGACGCCGCCGGCGGGCUGCAGGUGCUGAGCCGCGAGGGCCAGUGGCUGCGGGCUGCGCCGGUCCCGGGAGCGUUCGUCGUCAACUUCGGCGACUACAUGCAGCGCAUCACCAACGACCGCUUCCUGAGCACGGUGCACCGCGUGCAGAACCGCAGCGGCCGCGAGCGGCUCAGCAUGGCCUUCUUCUUCGGGUUCAACCUGGACGAGAGCUGCGCCGUGCUCGACACGUGCGUGGCGCCCGGCGAGGAGAAGAGGUAUGACGAGGUCGGCUGCUACGAGUGGAUGCAGCGCCGGCUGAGGGCCAUGCAGGUCGACCUGGGCGCGGGCAAGGUGGCCACGUAG